AUGAGGAAACCGAUAGACAGAUCAUUAUCAAACGAUCAAAAUAAUAGUAUGAUACCAUCGAGUGGGAAUAAUGCAAUGAUGAUGAUGAAGAUGAGAAAAGGGUUGUGGUCACCUGAAGAGGAUGAGAAACUGAUGAAUUAUAUGAUUACUAAUGGCCAAGGUUGUUGGAGUGACAUUGCACGUAAUGCCGGUUUGCAACGAUGUGGUAAAAGCUGCCGGCUUCGAUGGAUAAAUUACUUGAGGCCCGACCUUAAACGUGGUGCCUUUUCACCUCAAGAAGAAGAACUUAUUAUUCAUCUUCAUUCCCUUCUUGGUAACAGGUGGUCCCAAAUCGCAUCACGAUUGCCUGGUCGUACAGAUAAUGAAAUCAAGAACUUUUGGAACUCAACUGUAAAAAAGAGGCUGAAAAAAUCAACAUCUAACUCAUCCUCAUCACCCAACACAAGUGAUCAUGAUUCAUCCUCUUCCGAGCAUCGUGACAUCAUGGGCGGCGGCUUGAUGUCCAUGCCCGAUUCUAGCAACAUUAUGGCUAUGUGCAUGGAUGCAGCACGGCGAUCAUCAUCGUCGUCGUCCUUGCAAGCCAUGAACAUGAACCAAAUAAUGAUGGAACAAUUUCCCUUGACUACAAUUGAUGAUCAUCAUGCACGAAACAUGCCCCUCAUGCAUGCAUCAACACAAGUUGGUAUAGAUGGUAAUGGGAUUAGUUACCAUGGAUGUUAUGAGAUCUUUGGUGGGAACUUAGGUUUAGAAGACAACACUACUUUCAAUAUGCCACCAAUAUUAGAUCAUCAUCAUCAUCAUAACAUGCCUAACAACAAUAAUCUAGACAUGAAAAGCGAAAUUAAUCUCGACCAUAGAAACGCCCUGACCAUGACUAACAACAUGAACAACAUUAAUAUCAUGAACCAAUAUUGUUUCAACAAUAUUAGCAAGCACAAGAUACAAGCUGUAGCGACAGGGUUCGAGAGUAGUUAUUGGGAGGGAGGAGAUGAACUAAAAGUUGAAGAAUGGGACUUUGAAGAACUCUUGAGAGAAGCUUCUUCAUUCCCUUUACUUGAUUAAAAUUAAUAUCACAGUACUACAAAGUAGAUUCCUCUUAUUAAUUUCCCCCAAAUUUCUUUUGCCAUAUAUAUAUUUUUUUUCAAGUUAAAACCUCUAUUAAUUUCCAUAUUUUGUAGUAGCUAGCUAGUAAAAUGUCGAGGAUUUGUAGAAUAAUAAAAAUGGCACCAAAUAAUAGGUGUAAGGGGCGCCAUUGUAAAAAGUGCAUUGUAUAGAUAUAUCAAACUGUAUGUACAUGGACCUCAACUUAUCAUGU